AUGGGCGAGGUGCGCAGUUUGUGUGUGGUGUUGGUGUGGUGGCUGGUGUGGUGCGGCGAGGCGUGGUGCGGGAGUCCCAGCGUCACUUACAUAGAGUCCCGCUGGGGGGACUUUUUCAUGGCAGAGAACCGGAGCGUCGUGAGGACGGCCGCCUUCCUCGUCCUCCCCACCACCAACCUCUGUACGUGUAAGACCCAGUGUAUGGCAUCAGGGAAGUGUCAAGCGUGGUCCCUGGUGGAGACCUCCCCCGGGGUCAGCGAGUGUUGGCUGGCUAGCCAAGGUCCUGUUGUCUACGGCACCACACUCGACACCACCACCGUCACCACCACCACACCAAACACCAACGCCACCUACUUCUUCAGGAAAGCUCUCUCUUGCCUAUUUAUUGCAUGUCUCUACCGCCUCUUCAAGGUAAUUUUACAAUCUUCACAAUUGACUUGA